UGCGCUAGCUCCAAUGAUCAGAAUGGAUGCCAAGCUGAAAGCGGCUUAGCGUGUGAAUUUCUGCUAGGGAAGAGGAGGGUCAGCGUCAGGUACAGAGUCCAACUUCUGAGAAGUUGCCAGCAGUCCAAGUGUGAUGCGUGAAUGAGUGGGAGAUGGUGAGCUAAAAAUUUUAGCUCGCACAUGUCCUGACUGAAAUCUGAGAAAGAUUUCAGAGAUGAAGAGAGAGAGAGAGAGAGAGACCCUGAGAGAGAAGAGAGAGAGAGAGAGAUCCGGAGAGAGAGAGCGACGUGCAAGGCCAGCCAAAACCAAGCGAAGCCCCAGCGACAAGCUGAUGUUGAUGCUGAUGUUGAUAUGUAGGAUAGCGUUUCAGAAUGCACUGUUCCUGAUGAUAGUGGUGGUGGCGGGGUGGUGUGGUGGUGCAAGUCGAAAUGUUGCAAGACCGGUUGCCCCUGGUAGCGGAAAGUGUUGGCAUUCAAGAGUGAUGUGGGGUGUAAACAGUGGUCGAGGUACCGUCCAGGGUGAGAGGGAAGUCAAGGUCGCCAGCCGCGGCGGAUGUCCGGAAACCGCACGACGCGACUUGAUUGAGCUUGAGGCAAGUUUACUGCCGUUCGAUGCUUUGGUCGACGAUUCGGCUGUCGUGAUGUCCACCGUCUCAAAUCAAGUUUCGCCGAGGACACAAAGGUGAAGGUGAGGGUAAGGUGAGGUUCCCGUCUCAAAGUGAAUCGGAUUCCAUCAACGGGCUUGUGGUUGAAGUCGGUGGGGGUUGUCGGGCGUGGAUGAGG